AUGGCCUCGCGAGAAGAUUUGGUACAGGAGGAUUUAGCUACCAUCAAGCGCUGUCGGAAGGGAUCCUUCUGGCGUGGGUGCGUCCCUACGACUAGGGGAGCCACACUAGUCGUCGUUGCUGCCCGGUCACGGGGGCUCUUCUUCAACCGCCCUUGGAUGCGCCCAAUGGCCUAUUAUCUUGCUGUCGUCUGUGGCUACCUUGGCGGCAGGAUAUCCUGCAUUGGCGAAUGUAAACGCAUGUUUCUGGAGUUGGAUAACAGUCGAAUAAAGGAUAUGCUAUUGGGUAAUACUGGUGGUACUCUGAACGGAUUCUCCGGUCAUGGAUCGGUCGGUGAGGGACCAACUGUCGUACAGACUCCGGUCGAUGAUGGUAAGAAACUCCAGCGACAAAUGACUUACGCCCAAAGAGAGGGGAUACUCCCACAAUCAUGA